GAGGACUCCGCGCCUAAUCCGUAAAGGAUCAUCAUCCGUCAACCGGCGCUGCACGCCGGUAUUCCAAACCCUCGGGCCGCUGGCCCUAAUCGUAAAGGAGGGUCCCCUCUUGGUGUUGGCCAUUGCGGUUAGCCGCGGUCACGCCGAUGCUUGCCAAGGAGGGAAGACGCCUGCCUGCAUCCAAGCCAGCAACACCCUGUGGUCCGCGCAGCGGCAAUCCAUAAUCGCAGCCCUCGCAGUAUCCAUCGGUCCCCUUGCAGCCGGUCUCGGAAAAGGUUACUCCAGCCCAGCGAUUGCAAGCCUCCAAGAGGUGCACCUCCGGCAGCGAAGUAAUUACACUGCCUUUUCUGUGGACGAUCAGCAGGCAAGCUGGAUUGCAAGUCUUUCGCUGCUAGGCGCCCUAUUCGGCGGCAUGUUCGGAGGCGUCGCAAUGCAGUACGGCCGGAAACGAGUGUUAACGCUGAUGGCACUCCCGUUUUCACUAUCCUGGAUCCUGACGGUGUUCGCCAAAUCGGUGGAAACUAUGUUUUUCACCGCCUUCGUCGGGGGUUUCUGCUGUGCCAUCGUGUCCACCGUGACCCAGGUGUACAUCAGUGAAAUUUCAUCGCCGGACAUCCGGGGUUUCCUGAGUGCCAUCCAGAAGAUAGCUGGUCACCUGGGCAUGCUGAUAUCCUAUCUGCUGGGGGCCUAUCUGGAUUGGCGACAGCUGGCGAUGCUGGUCUCGGUGGCGCCUAUCAUGCUCUUCAUAUCUGUGAUCUAUAUACCGGAAACGCCGAGCUUCUUAGUGUUAAGAGGUUGCGAUGAUGAAGCUCAUCGCUCACUACAAUGGCUUCGGGGUCCACACAAAAACGUAGAGAUAGAACUGGAUACGAUUCGUUCAAACGUACGAACGUCGCGAAUGAACCUGCUAAAUCGUAUGUCCUCACUACCGGCUACAACGACCAGCACAGGGCAGCCACUUCCAACGCACCAUCAGCAAUCGGCGCCCAGUUACCUGCCAGGAUUCGUACGCUCCUGGCAGCUUCCGCGUGUUUCGUUCGAUGCCGUCGCGACCAACGUGAAAGCUGUCAUGCGAAACGCACGCCUGGUCAAACCGGUUUCCAUCACCUGUGGCCUUAUGAUCUUCCAACGUUUCACUGGUGCCAAUUCGUUCAACUUUUACGCGGUAAGUAUAUUCAGCAAGACGUUCGCCGGUAUGAACCCACACGGAGCAGCGAUCGCUGUUGGAUUCGUUCAGCUACUGGCCUCUAUGCUGUCAGGACUGCUUAUCGACACGGUCGGACGUAUCCCCUUGCUCAUAGUCAGCAGUGUUUUUAUGUCGCUUGCCCUCGCCAGUUUCGGUUCGUUUGUUUACUACGGUCACACGAACAAGCUGUUAGCUACGGCCAACUUCGAUCUGGACGAGCCGGUCGGAAACAACGAUUGGAUACCGCUAUUAUGUGUUCUAGUGUUCACAGUAGCUUUUUCGUUGGGUAUUUCUCCCAUCUCAUGGUUGUUAGUAGGGGAAUUGUUUCCCCUGGAGUAUCGAGGAAUCGGAAGCUCUAUCGCGACCAGCUUCAGCUACUUCUGCGCAUUCCUCGGAGUGAAAACGUUUAUGGACUUCCAAAGUCUUUUCGGUCUACAUGGAACAUUCUGGCUCUACGCGUGUAUCUCCUGUGCCGGACUGUUUUUCGUCAUCAUGGUCGUCCCGGAGACCAAGGGCCGAGACCUGGAGGAGAUGGACCCGAAGUACGUGCGAACACUAACGAUAAAUCGAUGAGAUAUGGGAACGCACGUAGAGUAUCUAGUAUAGUAUUUAAUGGGCCCCCGUGCUUCCUCCUUGCUUUUCCGAUACAUAUGCUAGCCUAGCUGCUUUGCCGCCUCGGUUUCGGUAAAAGAUCCCUGUGGCUGCAACAAUUGCUUAAAUAAUCAACUAAUAACUAAGGCGCUUAGAAACACUACUUAUGAAAGGCAAGGAUGUGGGAGUGAGUGUGAAACAUUACAAUGUUCCUAAAUAUGGUCGAGUGCGUGGAGACAAGUGAUUGUAUAAAAAAGAAAACGAAAAGUGUUGCUUAAGAAGGUUUUGUUAUGAAGUGUGAAAAAAUUUAUUCUACGUGUAAAUAAGAUAAAUUGACAGGAGUCCGUACUUAGCAAACAGUUGCAUUUUAAUUGGUACUAAACUUACUGCAGCAACACGCUCUCCACUGAGGUGGUAGAGUGAAUCGCAUGAACUGAUAGUCGAUUAGUUUGUUGGUAUAAGUUUCAAACUGUUAACUACUAGGGAAACUACACUGUACAUAUAGAUCCGUUAAACGCACAAAGGAGUAUUGAUUAACGAAUAGAAUAUCGCAAUUAGUGGCAUAAAUUCGCAAAGCUGGAUUUACAACGUUUAGCUACAUGUUCUGGUUAGGAUGGCAUUUGAUGGGUACAGAUGUAUCCUGCGGAACUUGACUUCGGUGUAGAAAUGCUGAGUUAGAAAGGAAACGGGGGUUGAUUCCCAUUUUAGAGAAACAUUAGUCAAGCGGGAAAUGGAAAUUGACUAUCACUUUUCGGUAUUCUCAUCUAUGACCAUUAGACUGCCAGAAAAAUAAUAAAUUUUUGAAAACUCAAUCGGCCCACCCCUGAGUCGAUUGCUAGUCCCACCAGGAGUACUUGCUCCAAAUUUGAAGCAAAUCGGACAAGUCUAGCUCCUGACCAACGCUACUAAAGUUUGUAUGGGAUUUUUCGACAAUUUACAUGAAGAAAACCCACUAUAUCGCAUUUUCCCCGCUAGGUGGCACUGUAUGCAUCGUAUUAUCACUGUAAGUGAAAGUAAGAAAGAUAAUUUAAUUGUCUAUAACUUCGCCGAAGACUGCUAGUCAACCCGGCUUUGUUAAAAGAAGUUAUUAAACUUUUAACGAAUUGAUGUCUGAGUCAGUUGUUCAUGGGGCCAGUAAAUAAUACAAGUCAUAUUUUGGUUAGAAAAUUUUAGUUCAACCUGUAACCGCAUAGAGGACCCAAACACUAACUUUUCAUAGAAGAGAGAUAAAACAUCGACAUGUUUGGAAGAAUUACUGCAAAAUGCCUGUUCUAUAACUUUGUAGAAGACUCCUAAUUUCUAUCUCCGCAUUAGGUCACCUGGGAGAGAUUCUUCCUCUCCCAAAAGCUAUUGUUUCUUCAGCCCGCUCUCUCAGUGUUAUCCGAACUCUUCGAAAAGCUAAAGUGUGUCCCACAUCAAAUUGCAUCAUGGAAAAUAUGCUGUAGAAAAUAACACAUUGGGUAUUUUCUCUUGAAAUUUGGGUAGAAGCAGUUUAGAGUGUAUUGUUUACAUUGUAUUUUUAUCGCUGAAGUUUUUUCGAAAAUUGGAAGAAAUGGCGUCACCCGAAAAGCAACGUCGCGAAUUGAUUUUGCGUAAGCACCUGGUAAAUCCUCAACUCUCAUCGGGACAUCGGAAAACAACUCGAAAUUGCGCAGUCAACGGUGAGUCGUGUGAUUAAACAUUACUACCAAACUCUGAGCAUCAAACGGAAUGUAGUGAAAGUUUUUAAGCGGAAUCCCAAUGCUUCGGCAAGGUGUGGCCAAAAAGUUAAAUGUAUCCAAGUCUUUCGUUAAGAGAGCCAAGAACCAGGAAAGACUGCAUACGCGUACAAAGCGCAGAAGGCUUUAAAUGGUGACGAACGGCAAAAUACGGUGGGAAAGUCACGGGCCCGGAAACUAUACACCCAGAUGCUGACGAAGCCCCAUUGUCUCAUCAUGUAUGAUGAGACUUACGUCAAGGCGGACUUCCGGCAGCUUUCGGGGCUACUGUUCUUCACCGCCCAGCACAAGUUUGAUGUUCCGCACGAAGUAAGGAAGCUGAAACUUUCAAAGUUUACCAAUAAAUACAUGAUUUGGCAAGCGAACUGCUCAUGUGGCGAGCGGAGUGCGCCAUUCGUGACUACCGGGAAUGUAAACGAAGAGAUUUACCUCCAGGAGUGUUUACAGAAGCGUCUGCUUCCUUUUUUGAAGCAGCACGAGAGCUCUACGAUCUCGUGGCUAGAUCAAGCUUCGUGUCACGAAGUCAAAUAUUGUCCUGGAGUGGUACGAAGCCAACGAGGUUACUUUCGUACCAAAGGAUUUGACCCCCCCCCCCCAACGGCCCGUCAAAAAAUACUGGGUAAUUAUGAAGCAAGCACUACGGUAGCGUCCCAAGGAGGUCAAAUCUGAGGAAGACAUGAAGAAGAAGUAGGUUUCCGUGCAACCAGAACUUAAUGAGGAGAGUUAAGCUUAAGGUGCGAUCGUAAGGUUAUGCUAUUGAAGAUGAAUGAAAAAAUAUUUAUCUAGUAUCUAUUGGCGUGCUUGUGAUAUUUGGAAGAUAUCCCAUUUACAAUUUCAUGCGACAUGGUAAUGAAAUUUUUACGUGAACUCUAUCACAAAAGUUGGAGUAUUAUUCGUGGAAUCAUUUUUAGUUCCAUGCACUUUUUUUUGAAAUACCCAGCUGCUAGCGACCAGUAAUAGGUACGAGCAGUAGAUUUAAAAAAAACUUUAAGAAACACGAGCAUCGUUAUUUAUUUGAUAAGGUUCAUUGUGAUAUCCGGACAGAAAACAAAAAAUGCACAGAGAACCCAAAAUCGUCGCUGUUGUUCUAUCUUAUGAUAAACGCCAUUUUGGGGUAAACUGAGUUAGAUAUGCCAUAUUACUCGUCUAACGAAUCUCUACAAGAUAGCGUUUCCAGAAUUUUGAAAUUUUGUUUGUUUACUGAAAUAUAGCGAGAAAAGUAAUUAGAAAUUGUGAAUGUUUUGCUUCAAAUCAUUAUAUCUUGGGAUUGACUCAAGUUAUUAUAAUGUUUUAGUUGCUUUUAUGUGUAAAAAUGGCAUAAUAAUUUUCAAAAGAAAAAUACAUGUAUUUGGAGAAAAACGCAAUUUUAACUUUAAACUGGAAAUAUUGCCUAUUUGGCAACACUGUAACUAAAAAUAACUAUUUUUUCUAGAUUCCCUGACUCAUUUCCUUCGAAAUGCAUCUAACCGAUUGUUUAUAGACCAAAUGAAGCCAAAGAUAUGAAUAAAAGUUCAUCAUUGGUGAUUUUUUUCUAUAGAAAAUUUUCCAUGUACGAUUAUGACACGUCAUACAAAUUUAUUCAUCAAUACACACCUAUGAUACGUGUGAGUGCGAAUUUUGUUUACAUUUUUAGUGAAAAUUCGCAACAUAGUCAACCGAUGUUCGUAAUAUCUGAGAGAUUAGUACAGAAUAGGUAGAAGCAUCAAUUAUCUUCUUUGAAUUGUUUCUACCAUUUAUAAAUUUCAUGACAUUCAAUCUCAAACUUUAAAAAUCGUUUUUCUCGAAAUGUGCAAAAUGGCGCUUGUCAUAAGAUAGCACAACAGCGACGAAAUAGUAUGCGCGAUAUACUUCACAGAACCAGAUAUCGCGUAUGAGUCUUAUUUUAAUGGUCCAGUUCAUAUUAUCACGUUAUUCCGAGUAAAAAAACCAUUAGUAACCAAAAAGUAAUAGAUCACGAUAAGUCUAAGAUAAUUUACGAAUACCAUGAUAAAACUGCUGAUAUCAUGAACAUUAGUUACACUACUUCCUGAAAAUAAACUUUCAAAUAAAAUUUCAUGAUAACAUGAACAGAAAUUAAGAAAAUCGUGACUAAGAUCUUGAAAUCAUGAACAGAAAUCACACAACUAGUUACAAAAAUAUUUAAAAUCGUGACCAAGAUCCUGAAAUCAUGAACAUGAAUUGAUCUAUUCAUCACUAAAAUAUGACAAUAACGUGAACAGAAAUUACAAAAAUCGCGACUAAGAUCCUGAAAUCAUGAACUUAAAUCACACAACUCGUGACGAAAAUAUUUAAAUUCAUGACAAAGAUCCUGAAAUCGUGAACAUGAAGCAGUCUACUGAUGACUAAAAUAUCACGAUAACGUGAAUGGGAAUUACGAACAUCGCGACUAAGAUCUUGAAAUCAUGAACUUUAAUCCCGCUAACGUCAUGAGUAUUCACAAGAAUCGCGAAUAAGCUUUUGAAAUCAUGAACAACGUUUGACUGUGUAUUCCCAAAUCAUGAACAAGAUUCACAACAAAAACUAAACAUGUCCAGGGAACAACAACAGUAACCUAACCAACCAUUCUAAUGUAGCGCCAUGUAUAUAUGCGGGGCGAACUGGUUUUUAGAAAACACAAAUAGUUUCAUGAAUACAAGGUUUAUUAUUCAUGAUUUCAGGAACUUGGUCACGGUUUUCGUAAAUCGUUCAGUUCACGAAAUCGUGACCUUUUGUUCACGAAUUUAUGAACGGAUUUUUUUCCGUGUAAGCAUGGGGCGUAUCAGUUCGAAUUUUCAAUUUCCGUCACGACCGAAUAUCGUUCGAUCAGGACUCUAGAAAUCUUUCAUAGAUUUAAUGUAUUUUGUCUUUGGUCCGGAAGAAGAUCACAAAAGAUCCGAUUGAGGAACUUGCGUAUAGUUUCAGCCGAGAAGUCGUAAUUAUUUCGAAAUCCAUCUGACCUUGUCAGGGGGAAUCAUUUUUGCACGGUCCUAGAGCCGUAUUAGUCCGGUCUUAGCAUUCCCACUUUCUCAUCAAAGUUGUGGAAACGCUUAUACGUGGAUGUGGAUAGUUCUUUUUAGGAUUUGAGUAAUGAGCCUUAACACCGUUUUGAUUUUGUUUCUGACAGCGCCUUCAUUGAUGUUUACGGCAAAUGUGGCAUUCAUUCGACAAUGAUUUGAACGAAUUGCAGGUCUAUUACUGUCUUUAAUUAGUAUAAGAUCAGUUUUCACGCAUUUUUUCAUUUUUCAUGUAACCAAACAGAGUUGAAAAUAAUCGAAGCUCUUUUUUGACGGGUAAAAAUGAACCUGAUGCGACUGGUGAUGAAAAGAAAAAAUAAUCAUUACAACAUGCGCGUUGUUCAUUCAAUUUAAUAUCGUACAACAUAUUCGUUUACAGUGCGUCAGAGACUGCUUUGAUGCGUUUGAUUCGCCGUUUCACGUCCGCUUCGUGCGACAAUCGGAGACGAAUGAAAACCUUCAAUGAAGGAAUGGGCAGUAGGAUUGCCACAUUCACAGAUUUUUCUGUAAUGUCACAGAUUUAUUUGAUAAUUUGUGGUCACAUAUGAUUUUUCACAAAUUUUCAUGAAAAUUUUACAGAAUUUUAGAAAUAUUCCGUUAUUUGCAGAUUUUUUGGAAAUUUCACACAGAUUUUUAACGUCUCUGGAGUAUAAGAUGGCAAAAAGACUUUUUUGACUGAAACAUAGUUUCCAACGUGGCAUCCCUGAUGGGCAAUUGGUUCGUUUGACGAUUUCGUUGCCGUCGCUGAAUAUUGCAGGUAGAUAUGAUCAAUUUUCAUUCAAAGAAUUUGACUGUUUGUAACUAAUCUUCCCAAAUGAACAUCGUACACAAUGUUCGCUUGGUUAAACACGUGCACAUGUUCGCCUGCACAACCGAAUCCCAUGUACGUAAAGGUUCGUGUCACCAGUUUUCUGUAUCUCACUCUCAUCAUCACUAGCAUUGACUCUUAUUGCCUUGUGCGAUUUUUUUCGUGUAUGCACCCGGUGUACGUACACGGAUGUUCGAACUAGAGUUUGUACAUCGUUCGCUUGGGUUCGAUGUUCGAGACGAACCUGUACAUCGAGACGAAGCAUGUUUGAGGUUGAAUGCGUGCACGAAAUUAUGUACACAGGUACAAACUUGACGAUGUGCAUGGGAAGUGUGUAACGUGAAAAUAAAGAAAAUAAAACAGAAUACUCAGCUUCUCCAGCGGCGACCGUUCGUCUUCACCACAUCAAUUCACUGCACUAGCCGAGCCACCGACAAACAAAGGCUGUCUCAGACAAAGGCUGACCUUCACUAUACUACACUAUACUUUGUUAUACACGCGGAGCUUUAUUUAUGCGACGAUAGGAUACUUUUCUAUCUGCUUCUCGUUUCUUUUGCGGUAAAUUUUAUGCAUUAGACUUGUUCGGUCUAUCCACUCCUUGAAUGCUUACUAUGUAUGUGCUAGAAAAUGCAUAAAAAUCACACCAGAAUAAAAGAGACGGGAAGAGAAAGUAUGCUAACUCGUCGCUGUUGUGCUAUCUUAUGACAAGCGCAAUUUAGCACAAUUCUAGAAAAACGAUUUUGAAAGUUUGAGAUAGAAUAUCUUGAUAUAUCUAAAUGGUAUAAACAAUUCAAAGAAGACAAUUGAUGCUUCUAUCUAUUCUGUAUUAAUCUCUCAAAUAUUGGGAAGAUCGGUUGGCUAUGUUGCGAGUUUUUACUAUAGAUGUAAACAAAUAUUGUGCUCACACGUGUCAUAGGUGUGUAUUGAUGACAAAAUUUGUAUGGCGUGUCAUAAUCGUGCAUGGAAAAUUUUCCAUAGAAAAAAAGCAUCAAUUACUUUUAUUCAUAUCUUUAACUUCAUUUGGUCUAGAUACAAUCAGUGAGAUGCAUUUUGAAGGAGAUGAGUCAAGGAAUCUAGAAAAAAUAGUUAUUUUUGGUUACAGUGUUGCAAAUAUGCUAUAUUUCCUGUUUAAAACUUAAACUAAAUACCAUUGUGUUUGUCAGAUAGUUUUACACAUAAAAACAUGUUAUACAUCAGGAUAACUAGAGCAAAUCCCCAGGCACAGUCAUUUGAAGCAAAAUAUUAAAAAUUUCUCACCACGUUUCUCGCUAUAUUUCAGUAACCAAGCAGAAUAUCGAAUUUCUGAAAACGCCACCUUGUAGAGAUUUUUUAGUCAACUAAUGUGGCAUAUCUAACUCAGUUUACCCCAAAAUGGCGUUUGUCAUAAGAUAGCACAACAGCGACGAACUAUGCAUAUUUCUAGAGCUUUUAAUCAAAACGACAUAUCUACAAUGAGUGACUCUCUUUGUUUACUUUCUCUUUCUUUUUUACGGCAUCGCUAUAGCAUUUUUCACUUAUUUUACAGUACAGAUCGAAAGACGGUGGUUUUGACUAGCAUAUUAUGCAAAGAAUUGAGGGAUAAAUGUUAAAACGACCGAAUUGUUAAUAGAAAAGAAAGUAAACAAUGAGAGUCACUCAUUGUUGAUGUCUUUUUGAAAAAAUAGCCUCAAGAUUUUUGUUUCUCAGUGUACAAACCACUCACAACGAAAGAAAACGAUCUGAUUCGAUCAAAAGCUCGGGUACGAAUGAAAUAAGUCAUUCUAUUAAGUAUAAUGGGUGCAAUUAAACUUAAUCUUCUCACACUGCCUAACCGGUCAAAAUUUUGAUAAGCUCUUUCUGAAGCACUUGUUAAUUUUGAAAUGAUUUUUGAUUUUUUUAAUUCAGAAUCAAAUAGUUGAGUUCUAAAAACACGUAUGAAAAACACAUUUUUUUUUCAAACAAGCACGAUAAAACAAAUAAUUGUACAGAAAUUAGCUAGGGUUACCAACCGUCAUUAUUUUGAAGCACGUGUCCUUAAUUUUGACGAGCUUGGGAAGCGUCCUUCAUUUUACGUCAAAUGAUUGGCUGGCGUCCAAAAGGCGCUAACCCACCUUUUUUUCGAAAAUGACAUUUUUGCAUUUUUUGAUAGUUCUAUGUAAUCCACGUGUACUGCCAUUUAAGAAUUCUGAAAAUAAUUUUUAGAUUUUUUGCUAUUAGCAAUUAAAGUUUAUAUUGUAGGCAAUCCCAAUGCUAGCUGGCGUCCAAAAGGGGCUAACCCCACAUUGAGUCUUAUGGAAGUUUUCUCGUUCGUUUUCCGAGGUUUUAAGAAAAAGUAGUCUAUUGAUUCGCAAUCAGCAAAUUUUAUGCUGUAGCUCACAUAUCGGUGCCCUCGAUAUAAUACUAUAUGUAGUUGGACGUUGACAGGGGCGGCGAAACACUUUACGCCCGAGAGGGUAGAAAGCAUAGGGUGAGGGGUCCAUUAGUAAGGAUUUUUUUCCCUUUUCGCAAUGCACACGCUUACAAUACAUUCACAUUAAAUCACGUUCGUUUAUGCAAAUGGAAUUGUGGUACAUCGAUGUUUUCAAAUGUGUGUAGUGCGAGAUACAUGCUUUGCACAUCUAAAUUUUUUGAAAUGGUUCAAAAUUUAGAGUGGGUAAUUACCCACUCGGUUAUUUUCGAGUGGGUAGUACUACCCAUACUACCCACGCUUUCCGCCGGCCCUGGACGUUGACGUUUCGGCCCAAACAGUCUUUCUUGAAGGUAAGGGCCGCUCACACACUUGCUAUGUAUGGCUAUUUUCUAUAUAAUAUAUAUUUUUUGCACAAAUGUGUAUCAUUGAGUUUAUUUUUUCGAAAACUCCAGUGAAAGUGUCAUGUCUCUACAUUUUCUCAUUCAUUUCCAGAGCCCGACACUUGCCUGUCAAUCACGCAAUACUCUUCAAUUUGGCGGAUUUUUGUAGAUGUGGACGAAAUCCUCUUUAUUGACACGAUACCACUGUCCAUCAUUUAUUUUGGGGCGAAAAGCUUGGUUUUGAAUCCGCAGCUGGAUAUUCCUUGCUAGAUUACGUAAAAUCACUCCUUCAUAAACCAAACUAUCAAUCAGACAAUAUUGCUAGAUGAUCAGUUUCUGGGCAACUUUAUCGCCGAAUACAAUCUUGAAUUUGCUUGGCAUCUUGUUCUGGAACCAGAUAAUUUGUCCGGGAGCAUGCAGACACAGGUUUCCUACAUGGAUGUGUACAGGAUCAAUUUUUGAAGUAGAAUACUUCUAAUGGUUCAAUACAGAGGUCCCCUUUCAAAAUUAUUACUAACUCCGUAAAAUUAGUGAAAAUAACGAAAAUGGUGGAUUUUGUGAAAGCAGUAAUUAUCUGCGCCAUGAUUGGUCCGUACUAUUCGUCUGAGCGAGUUAGCAUUGUUAGUACGGCCCUUUGUCAUCAAACGAACUACAACACAUGUAUAAGGCAUGAUCCAGAAUAAAAAAUUUAUUUGUUUACUUUUUGAUGCCAAAGCAGCUGCAGCAUAAUUGCAGUUUCUCGUCAAACGUGGUUAGCCUGAGCCGGCAAUAAAGGAUGUGUGGCACCUGAGAGACUCAAUCAAAUACGUGAAGUUAUAAAUAGAAGUACCGUCAUUCGUCACUCGCUUGCCAAAUGAGCAACAUCAUGGCUGUAACAUCCGGGCGGUACAGUAAGCGGUUAAACACCGUUAACUAUGUUCGAAUUUGAACUCGGUUCUUUGCUGUGUGCAAAGCUUAUCACGCGCGCGAUUUGAAGCGAACGAGUAUAGUAAUGCUAUGGUAUGGUUCAAGUUGUGUACACUCGACGAUUUGCAAAAUGAAGUUGCACACAUGUAAUGUGCCAUUAAGCGUUGGGAAAAUAUUUUUUUGGGCUGGUAAUGCUCAAGUCAUAACCUAAAGUAAUGAGCCUAUUGGAAUACGUUUAAUAUUUCAGAUAUACGUGAUGCGUUUUUAUUACUAAAGCAUCUGAUAACAUGCUUUUAGAAGUAUUUCUAAUGCACGGGUGGACUCAAUCGGGUUUGUGCUUACAUAAAAGUUAGUUUUUGGUAGGUGAGGAAAUUAAGUUAUUUUAGAUUAGUGACCAAGAAUGGAUUUUAGUUUUAUCACAGGUUUGCAAGCUUUAGUUUUUAUACUGAUCAAAUUACAUAAGGCAUUUCCAGCAGCGGGUUUUUUUAUAGAAGCUUCAAAGUGGAAUUGAAACGGAAACGAACCUUAGCAGAGCGUUUUGAUUUAUUAUUUCCAACAGCUUUUUUUAAAACUUGGAUACUGAUAUAUGCUGCCGUUCUGUUUGUUGUUUCUAGGCGGAACUUUUCCCACUGAACCUCGUGUAUUUUUCAAGCAAAUCGCUGCUAGGACUUUCCAAAUCUAACCACUAAGAUAGACCAUUGCUACAGAAUUAAUAAAGUGUUUGAAAACUAAGUGCUGCAUACCUUACCAUUUGGUCUAUUAUGUGUUUAAUUUACUCUAAGCCAAUUUGAUAACCCUAAAUUAAUUGAAUUUAUCAAGUGAAAGUCUUGUUCAUAAUUAUGACGAUAAUUUCACAAAAACAGAAAAAAAAAUUCUGAUUCAACAAUGUUAACGAAGUAAUGCUGAAGUAACGCCCCAAACAAAGAAAUUCAAACUCACAUUAGUUCAUUAAUAGCGUUUUCGUUUUUUAUUGGUGCUACACCGGUGUAGUGCACAAAAAGAGAUAGACUGAUUACACCCAAGUUUGAAUGAGUGUAGCACCGACUACAACGGUGUAGUGCAAAGUCAAAAACGAAAACGCUAUAAGAUUAAAAGUCUACGUAUCUGAAAUCACGCAAAAAAGGGCCGUAUUGUGCCAGGGCCUACUUUAAUGCGUUGGAUUCGUUGUUUCACGUUCGCUUCGUGCUAUAAUCGGAAACGAAUGAAAACCUGCAUUGAAUGAAUGAGCAGUUCGUUCGUUUGACGUUUUCGAUAGCGUCAUUGAAUUUCGAAGAUCCAUGCAGCUGAUUAUGAUCGAUUUCCGUUCAAAGAAUUUCAAUAAUUGUAACUCCUUAACCAAGUAUGCAUCCGUCUUUUGAGUUCCGUGGGAAUAUCAAGUGUAUACUCAGAAUAGCCAUGCACCCAUUUGUAAUUAUUUCGACUAUACGCAGAGAACGCAUUAGAAAAUAUCGCCGAAACUAUUUCGUUUGUUGUUGCUAAUGGCCCAUUAAAUACUAAGGUAGUAUCAUCGCGUGCCGUCAUUAAGGACGUAAAACCCAAUGUACGAAUACUAAUGGCAACAAUUUAAGUGAACAAAGUUACACCAGUCAAAUUAAACAGUUUUAUCUAAUAAUCUGAAAACAGAAGAGGUCCUUUUCAUAGUGACAAUAAAUCAAUAGAAUCAAAUAUAAAUAUAAACAUUAUCAAGUAAAGACUAUGAAAUCAAUGAAAGAAUCUCUAUUUCUUUAGAUAAGUGUAAACUAUUGCAUUUGUUUUUAACAAACCGCCAUCUUGGCAGUGUGGCGAAACAAUAGCGCUUGCGUGAAACUUAAUUAUUUAUUUGUAUCAAAAAGAAAGAAUCAUUUAUACAUAUAGUCUGUAAGAGAUGAAAAAAUGGUAGCAAACUCUUUUUACAUACUAAAGUAGCAGCUUAGAAGAUGUAUAGAUUGAAACUAAUCAAAAAGCUAGAUAACAGCAGAAAGAAUUUUUAACAAGUUAGUUAAAAGGAGUGAUAAUGUUUUUAUUUCAUCUCCCAGCAUAGACCGAACAAAUUUCCAAAACAGUAUAGUUCAACUUGACAUAUCGUGGAAUAUGAAAACCCAAGUAUCAACCUACACUAUCCAACAAGUACAAAAUUCUAACCUAUCAUUUUUUUACCUUUCGAGAGUAUCAAAUCAUAUCCUCAUGGUGGUAUAGAAUAGACGUUUUUUUUUGGCUUAAAUGUUUUUAUUUGCUUUCUCCGUUCGAAAUCUUAUCGGUACUUAUUAGAAAUAAGCGUAGAUGAAUCGACUUCAAAAGUAAACGACAAUAAUAGAUGUAAAUUAGAGAAAGAAUUAUGAAGAAAACACUGUCAUAUCAUGACAAUAACUAGGAUAUAAAAAUACUAGUUGACAGAAAAUUAUGUAAAGUAUAAAAAUAUAAAAACAGAAUGGAGAAUCACUUUUUUAACGAUUCACUCAAAAUAAAUAAAAGCAUGACGUGAAAAUCACUCGAACGCUUGACGAUUCUAGGGUAAAUUUUGCUAGACUAACAGAAAUAAAAACAAAAUUGAAAAUAUAUACUCUAGCUUUGCUAAAAAAAAACUCGAAGCUCAGAUUGAGAAAAUGUUUCACGGUACCAUAGCAAUGUAAUCGAUUUAGAAGAUCAGAAACCUGCUGUUUCGCAAAGUCUAAUUUUCAUCUUAAAUACUAUAUCUAAAGAAAAGCUAGUUCUUGUUGAUCUUUUCCAGAUUUUAUUACAAAAGGUCGUGAAACUAGACUGUUUUAAAUCUUCAACAAAAAAAACUCACUUAGUAUUUUUCGCAGGUUAGCAACUGAGUCUUUGAGACAAUGAAGCAAAUUAAAACGAUAAAGGAUCGAAUCUUGUUACACAAUCUUAACCAAAUUGAAAUCAUUGCAUCCGGAUAUAACAAUUUAUUGCUGUGAAGAAAACGGCUAUAUCGCUCGAUGCUUACCGUACGUAACAAGCAGUGCAAUUUCAGAACUGAAAGUGUUUGAAUUUCUCAUUAAUUUAGCUUCGUAUAAUUUCCCUCAUUAAAACUUUCAUAAAACGUAUGAUUUUGUUUUUUUUAUGGUACUUGCGAAAGAAAUUCCUUAUGAUUUAUAUUGAUUGGUUAAGAAAAGUUCACAUCCCGUGCCUCAAUAAAUCGUUGCAGUUUCAUAAGAACAGCUUGUUUGAGUUCCGUUGAUCACAUAUUAUUCUGAAUUUGCAUACAAAUGAUUAAGAAUUACCUAAAGUCAAACUAUGUUCAAAGCUUAUUGUUAGGAACAAACGAGGAUAUAUUCUAAAUAUAGAAGUACAGUAUCAAAACUAAUCAUAACAAAAAAAUAGAGAAAAACACCCAAUUUACUGAAAACUCCAAUAAAGUGUAGCUUUAAAUGUGGACAAUAAAAUGAUAGCGAUACAAUUAUCAACCGACAACAGAUGAAACUAGCAAACUCUGAGUAGCAAAUGAUAGAAUCAAACAAGAUAAAUCCUGAUGAAACGUUAAACAAGUGGUAGCGCUGUUGACCAUUUUUAUAAAUGCCAAGUAGCGGACAAGUGUAGGAUUUUUUUUUUUGUUCACCGGCCUGAGGUUGGAUUAAUAUAAAAAAACGAGAGUGCAAGUAUUUUGCGUACUUAGUUGCGAUGAUGAUAACCCGUAAUACUGAAGUGUUCAAAAUUAGUAGAAGAUCGCGAUAAAAUAUCAAAAAAAAACUAGUCAGAAGUAGCUAAUUUCGUUCGAAAAUGGUAGUAUUUUGGUUCUACGUACGAAUCAGUAAAUUGCUUGACGAGAUAUAAACUUUUAACCAAUUCCACGAAAAAUAAUCGCGUACGCCGGGACGGGUUCCAGUGUAGCUUGUGCUAAAUUUGUAAGAUUGACCUAAACAGAGAAAAUAAAAAUUAUUUGCAAAAAGA